AUGACCGAUUUCGGCUUGUCAUCUCAAUUCCCCCAAGACGAUGACUCGGCCACAUUGGCUGACCGACUCAUGGUAAAAUUCGCCCUUUUCCUUGGCCCCGUCUCUAGGGGGGAUGAGAAGCCGCGCCUACCGAAGCUGCAAGUGGGCUGUCGCGUCGGGUUGGUGGGUUUGAGCGGGGGGCGCAUCGCGCGCAUCGGGCGGGUUGCAUCGACUGCAGCGACGUGCAGGCCCGAGAACCCUGGAACAUCGCGUGCCCCCCAUCCCCUUUUACCCACACUCUUGCCUGUUGUGGAAGAUGAGGCCCUGGACCCCUGGUCGAACCCAAUCGGCAAAUCGACCCGCGGGACUGGCGCAUCUUAUUUCUUCUUAGUCGCGACUUUUUGUCGACGUCACUUUUGGAGCUUGGUCAUUGGCUCAAACCCUUGUUAUCUGUCAUUCUCCGGACAUCGGCCCUAUAAACACUUAACGGAAGGCCUCACGCCGGGUUCGCCAAAGUGGCUCCCCACGUGUUUUUCUGGUGUUUCGUGGCCGAUUGGCAUGUGGGAACCACCCGCCACCAGCGUCGGUAGCCUCAAAAAAAUCCAAGCGGCAACGGACGAGACCGGCGACCCGAACCUAGGAAAUGGGGACCACCGGGUUUAG